AUGUCCCAAAGCCAGGGUAAGUAGGUUUAAAAUCAGCAAGCAUUCAGACGUUGAAACUUGCAGUUUGAUAACGCAUUUCUCGGUUUUGUUCGUGUUAAACUGUCGGAUGCACCUUAACACAUUCAGAGGGCCGUUUGGUGGAUAAUCUGCUAGAAGAUGAAGUUGAGAAAGAGAGUCUGCUCGCAAAACCAACUUGUUUUAUCGUAGUUGGGAAACCGGUAAGUGCUCUCUCUCUCUCUCUCUCUCUCUCUCUCUCUCUCUCUCUCUCUCUCUCUAUAUAUCUAUUUAUAUAUAUAUAUAUAUAUAUAUAUAUAUAUAUAUAUAUAUAUAUAUAUAGAGAGAGAGAGAGAGAGGGACUAAAACUAUAUAUAAAUUUAUACACACACACACACACACACACACACAGACACUGAGCUCUCAGUGUUCCGGCUAUAUAUUUUUUCAUAUGUAUUUUUGUAUGUAUUUGUAUUUUUAUAUAUUUUUGCAUAUAUAUAUAUAUAUAAACUUGCAUAUAUAUAUAUAUAUAUAUAUAUAAUAUAUAUAUAUAUAUAUAUAUAUAUAUAUAUAUAUAUAUAUAUAUACAUACAUACAUACAUACAUACAUACAUACAUACAUACAUACAUACAUAUAUAUAUAUAUAUAUAUAUAUAUAUAUAUAUAUACAUAUAUAUAUACAUACAUACAUACAUACAUACAUACAUACAUAUAUACACACACACACACUGAGCUCUCAGUGUUCCGGCUACAAUGAAGGGUUGACUUCACAUUGUUUCUGCAGGGUGUUGGCAAAUCCACCCUGGCAAAAAAACUUGCAGAGUCCUGGAAGUGCAUCCUUAUUGAUGGUAAGUCCAACUUAAGUACUGACCUUUUCAUUUUCAAAAUAAUUCCAUCCCUUCUCAUCAGCUUCUUUUGUUUCAGAUACAGAUCUGCUCAAUACACACAUCAAAAAUAAAAAGGAGCAAGGGGCAGGAGUAAGUAUCAUAUGUCAGUGCCGCAGGACAAAAAUGUUCAUUUCAACGUAGUUUUCACAUAGUUUCUUUCUUUCUUGCUUUCGUCCUUUCUUUCUUUCUUUCUUUCUUUCUUUCUUUCUUUCUUUCUUUAAUUCAAUUUAUUUUAUUUUUCUAUUCCAGCUCUUAAGUAUUUUAUCUGGGGGUAGAAGUUUACCAGAAGACCUUGUGCUCCAGCUUAUUAUUGCAAGGCUAAAUUCACCAGAUGUGGAGCACUAUGGUAACUUGAGUAAAACACUGUAAGAUGGAUGCAAAGUUUACAAUUCAAAACAUGGCUUGGUUUACAGUACAUGUGUUCUUAUUCAGGGUAUGUACUGAGCUGCCUGCCGUUCAUGUCAGAAGAGUGUAAGACAAUUCCUGAGCAGAUUCAGCUGAUCAAAACCCUUAAACUAUCACCUGACUUCAUCAUCAAUAUCAAGGUUACCUCUAUUUACUUCAAAUUUAUACUUGUAUAAAGCAGUGAUGCAUAGUGUUUUAGUCAUCUUUCAGAAUAAAUUCUGUAAGCGUAUGCAUUUUAUAUCAUUUACUGUUAACAGUUGUUUAAUCUUUGGUGGUUUAGUAAUGGAUAUAACACUUUCAUUUUCCACCAGUGUCCAGAUAAAGACCUCAUUAAAAGGCUGUCAGGUCUCAAGCAGCACCCAGAGACAGGACAGCUGUACUACAGAGACCAGUGGAAGCAUGAGGGUAUCUCCUCUAAGAAGAUGGAGAAAAACAAUGAGGAAGAGGAGGAGGAGGAGGAGGAGGAGGAGGAGGAGCAGGUACAGCUUACUGGUGAACAACAGUUGUCACUGACUUUGAUAUCAUAGUAUGUCUAUGAUGGUCUGCUGAGAAUGCUGUUAUUUGAUGCAUUUCAUAUGUUGUAUUAUUAAGUUUUGUUUUUGUUUGUUUGUUUUGUUUUGUUUUUCUGUUUUGUUUUGUUUUUUUAUUUUUAACUUCUUUUUAAGAUAUUUUAUCCAAUCAUUAAUUCUUAUCAAAACUUUUCGGGGCAUGUAGGGUGGGGGAGAGGAACUCGGAAAGGAUAUUACUGACCAGAUGAUAUGGACACCAGAGAAUUUGCCAGAAAAUGUUUUCAGUCGCAUCAAGAUGUACCAGGACACAAUACUUAGACCACUGGAGGUGACUAACUGAGAGCUCUUACCUAUGAUGUCAUUGAGUUGUGCUAGUCCUGUGAGAACAUAUUUCAUUUCUCGGACAACAUAAUUUAGUUUUUUUAUUUAUUAAUUGCAGUUGCAUGGUACAUUUGGAAAGCUUGCUGUGGACAAAAGGAUAUUUUUUCUAUAAACCAAAGCGCAGAGGAAUUUUCAGUAUUGUUUGCAUGUCCUGCAUUGAGAUCGAUGUAAACAUAAUUUUCUUUGUUGCAAAAGAAACAUUUAUUUUUUUAAUUUUGAAACAAAGAAAGAACAACUACUACAUAAGCUAAACUGUAUGAUUUCAGGUGAGGAUAAAAAAACGUAGAGAUAGCAUUAUUUUAUCCUCAGUUAAAAUCGUACAGUUCAACUUAGUUGCUCAUGCUUUGUGUUUCAAAUAUAAAUAAAUAAAUGUUUCUUUUGCAACCAGAGAAAAAAUUAAGUUUACAUCAAUAGUUAAAAAGAGAAGCAGACGUAGUGAGUUAAUGAACAACUCUUAGGUUCUGUUCCUUUAUCAUUAAAAUUAAGGCAUUUUUCCACCACACUUGUUUGUCAGUUGUUGUAAUUUUAUUGAUUUUUUAUUUUUUUUUAGGGCUACAUGACAAACCAUAAUCCCCUCUACCUGUUGGAGCUGGAUGGAAACUUGAUGCCCGAAGAGUUGCACUCCGUAAAUACCUAUAGUAUAAACACUUGAGAUAAAUAAACAACCUUCAGGAAAUAUAUAUGCUCCAGAAUUACAAACAGUACAACAAACAACAGGAAUCUGUGACCAUACAGUUUUUAUUUUGGAAAAAUUCUAGUCCUCUGCUUGUUUAAAUGUGUUAAGACGGUGUGUUUGAGUCUAAAUAUACAUGUUUGAUGAUAUAAGUCUGUUGACUGCUUUGUCUCCAGUGUGUUAUGUCACAUCUUGGAUCCAUGGCAAUAAAGCGUGUCUCAGUUCCAGUCCCCCUGCACCAUGCUGAAGAAGAAUUACCAGACCACAUUGAAACGGUCUGCUGUUUAAAAAAUUCAUAUUUCAACUAGAAUUUUAAACUGGUGUAAAGUGAUGCAAAAACAAAUGAUGAUCUGGAUACCCUCCACUUUAAAUUAACCCUUAAUGCCUUCAUGUUUAAAUCUCUUUUUCAGGAGGAUCUGCUAAGGCUUAUGUCUUCUUCCAGAGCAGUGGCCCCAGGCUUCCGGUGGAGAAGGAGCCGCUGGGGCCGGACUUGCCCUGUUGCUCUGAGGGAAGGCAAGGUCAUUCCUGGCAGACCUGAAUUCUGUGUAGGGUGAGUGAUUCCUUCAAGGCCACCGAAGAGUGUAGAAUAUAUUCAGUAACAAAUAAAACUAGAUAGAAAUGCCAACCAUGUGAUUUCAAUUUCUUUGCAGCUUCCAGGACAAACUGUACGUCCUCUCAUCUCAGGAGGCCUUCCAAAAGUUUGCCACAAACCCAAGACUGUACCUACUCCCUCCAAUGCCCAGACCACCUUGCAGAGUGUCCAUUGUUGGACCUCCGCAGGCAGGGAAGAGCACUCUGUGUAAACUUCUUGCUAGACACUACAACGCGCAGGUGCUUGAUAUGGAGGAGUUGGUGCAGCCAGCACUGGAAAAGGUUCAACAGGAUAGGCUCAGGAAAAUCAGAGAGGAGACGACAAAGGUUGCUAUAGAGAAAAUCAAGAUGAGAGUGCAACAGGAUGAACAGAAUUUUGGUAGGUUGAGUGUGGUGAUAACAUUCAGAAACACGUGGAACAUUUUUUUUUUUUUUUACAAUUUUUGACUUACACUGCUUAGCUUAGAACAAUUUUUUUUUUUUUGUUGUUGUUGUUUUUUAUCAGUUGACACCAGAUCUGUUGAAGGUAAGAUGUUCAGAUCUUAUUUUUGCUCUUUUCAUGACUUCUUGAUUAAAGAAAAAUACAUCCAAACAAACUGACACAGAUACAUGAAGCUCAAACAAACUGAAAUUUUAAUUCAUGUAUAUGUUUUCUCCUUUUCUUAGUGACAGAAGAUCACCCUGAUGUACAAGCCAUGGUGUUCAGUGCUGUAGAAGAAGCCAAACAUAUGAGCACAAAUCCCACUGGCCUGUAUGCUGAAGUACUAGAGAAUCACAUCAAAAAGGUAAGUUAAAAUGGUCUACAUAUUUGUGUGCAUGUCUAUAUAUAUACUUGUUUAUUUAUUUAUAUAAAACUUAAAAUCUAUGGUGAUAAUACAGAUUGAGGAGGACAACACUGAUGCAGACUUCAGAACUGGCUGGGUGCUAGACAACUUUCCCAAGAACUUCUCCCAACUGAAUGACUUACAGCAGGCUGAACUCCUGCCGGAUACCUUCUUUUGUCUGAGGGACAGCGAUGGAAAUCAGAGUACGAGACAGAAACAUUUGAUCAAAAAUCACAAACAGGUGGCAAUUAGAAAAUAUUUCUAGUGUUCAUUAUAUGGUUUCAUUUUAAUGUGUUAAUCAGUUCUUAAGAGAUUAUAUGAGAAGAACAAGGCUGGAGUGGAUGAAGCUGUCAGGAAAAGGCUGCAGGACGAACGAACAGAGAAAGAGAAAAAAGCCAUGUGAGUUAAUGUGCAAUAAUUCUUUCAAGCUUCAUUUCAGAAAGUAAACUUUGUUUAUUGGUGUGUAUUUUUUUCCCAUCUGUUUAGAAACCAGCAGGAGCAGGAAUCAGAUAAAGAUGCCAAAGCUGAAGAACAGCAAACAAAUCUUGAGACAGUCACAGAAGAGAUGGAAGGUGCUGUCAGUCCUUCUAACCAAACAGGCUGUUUUUAUAGUGGUGCCCAGAUAGUAAAAAAAUAAGUCAUCAUUAUUUGUUACACUGACUUCCUUUGUAGAAAAUCCUGGACCAAUUCAAACUGCCAGUCCUGUACUCUCUGACAUCAAUGAAAAAGAAGGUGAGCUUUUCAAGAAGUAGAAUUACAACCUUCACAUACUCAAAACAAAAGUUAUUUUUAAAAUUUUGAGUCAAACUACAUAUGAGUAUUCAGACUCUAGCAACAACUUAAACAAAAGCACUGAUCUUAUAAAAUGUUGUUUCCUCUCUGUCCUUAUCUUUAUCAUUUUCUUCCCUUACCCUUGUGUUGCUAAAGCUGAGAUCCUGCCUGAUUACUGGAAACUGGGUUAUCCAGAUGGCCCUGAGAUGAAUGAUUACAAACUACAAUUGAAAGAGUUUGAGACUGCAUGGGAGCACAUGAAGUCCACUUCAACUGUGGCCCACUCAGUAUUGGAGAUUAGGGACAAAAGCCCAGAGGACCUGCUUCAAGAGAUGGUUCUAGAUAUGGAGAGUGAGUGUUUGUCAUUGUCCAGAAUUUUUGCUACCUCUAUACAAAGCUUAUAGUUUUGUUUUUUGUUUCUUUUAUCAGAAUAAAAAUUCAGGUUGCAUCUUAUUAAUUGUGUCAUUUCACAGCAAAGGUACUAUGAUAAUUUCCAUUAAUAUGGCACAAUAACCACUGCAUUCAUGACCAUUUCUACUUCAACAAAAAUAAAAAAAAGACAGACACUUCAAAACUGCAAGGAGUCAUGAACAGGCCCACCCACCUGAGCAUGUUGACAUGUGCUGCAGUGCACAUAUGACGCAAUCAGUACCGCGCAUCAAACCUUUUUUCACCAGUAUGUUAAUGAAUGACCUUCCGUUUUGAAUUAGACAGAACGUCUAAUGCAAUGUUUACCGCCACUUUCUAGAACCUUUUCAACAUAAGUCCUGGAAGCUGUCAGAGGCCGAUCAGGAUGAAGAGGCAGAGGAUUUGAAUGCCUUAGCUGAGCUGGAGAGAACUGCAGAAGAAAGCAGUGAAAGUUUUGCUGCAGAAGAGGAGGAGGAGAUUGAAGUCAGUAAAAAAGAGUGCUUUAAAUCUAAGCCCCCCCCCCCCCCUUUAACUAAAUAGCAGGUUUAUAAUCCUAUAUCUAAUUUAUGAUUAAAAAUGUGUAGUUAAAACUGUUUGUUAAAACUUAAAACAAAUGUGUAAUCGCACCUCUACCCUUCUUAUAAAGCAGGGCCUCACCUCAGCCUGGAGAUUAUUGGGUGACACCCAGCAUUUCUGCCCUGUACUCUUGAAAAACCAUAACACCUUGUGGCCCUGUACAGAUGAAAUUACAACCAAGUACCGUGAAAAAUUCUUCUACUUCUCUAGUCCAGAAGCAAGAGAUUCUUUCCUUCAGAACCCGGCAGAGUAUGUGGCACAGACUAAGCUUCUCAAGGUAUCAGCAGACACAAAAAGAUAUUUUAAAAAGUCACUGUAUGGGAAAUACAAAUUCCGAACAUCCCCCUUUGUUCUUCUUAUCCAAGCCCCCUGCCCUACGGAUACUUUUGCUUGGCCCUCGAGGAUCAGGCAAGACCACCCAUGGUGAUUGGCUGGCCAGGCAGCUCGGCAUCUUCCAUAUACAGUUCAGGGAGCAACUCCAAAUGCUCAUCAUGGCCAAGACAAAGAAAAGGGUGCCUUAUGCUGAUGAGGAGAAUUCCUCUGAGCAAUCUCCUGAGGAUUUGGAGGCACUGAUUAAGGAGGCCAAGGCGGGGGAAGAGGAGACAGAAACUGGGGAUAAUAUCGGGGCAAAUGACAUGGAGGUAGGCUCAGAUAACAUUUUCUCGGGAACGAUUUCAAACUGUUGCCCCUCAAAUUGAUGUGGUUUUUUAUGUUUUGGUGCUGUAUUAUUGAGUAUUUAUUUUUGUUUGUGUACAGCAGGAGUGGACACUAACUGAUGAGGAAGAGGCUAUCAGAGCUUACCUCUGUGACGGAGAGCCUCUGCCUCCAGAAAUCCUGGAAAAUAUCAUUGAACCAUUCUGGAAACAGGAACCAUAUUUGUAAUUGAACCCAAGAUUUUUUUUUUAAAUGCACGCUACCCUCCCCUCUCUCUAACUCUUGGGAAAAUGGUUGUCAUUAUAGGAGAUGUGCUUAUGAUGCUGUCAUGUAGAAGCUUAGAUGAGAUGAUUGACAUAAGUCUGACAUCAGUGCAUCAGGGAUGAGGCUACUUAUAUGAGCAAAUCUAGCUUAGUACAGGGACUGGACUAGUCUCUCCCUUAAUAGUAAAGAUAUAAUAAUUAACUGAAAUUACUGAUAACAAAACAUUUCACAAUCUCUCAAAAUACAUACCUUUUUUUUUUACACAAAUAACCACAAUGUACUUAAGCUCUCACCUGAUCCCACCUGAUUCUCUUCCCUGACACUCCUCUUGUAGGUCUACAGGUUUCAUUUUGGAGGGUUUCCCUCACAAUCCUGAAGAGGUGCAGUAUAUGCUGCAGCGACAACUUUUACCAGAUGUUGUGGUAACCCUGGCAGUGGAUGUUGCAGAUGUUCAAAAGCAUCUGUUGCCAAAAUACCUGGAGAAAUGGCGUGAUUGUCGCCGUCAGCUGAACUUUCUUUGUGAUCUACGAGCAAAGAAUCGAGUAAGUUAGUAUAUAUAAACAUAUAUAAGUUAGUAUAUAAGUUAGUAAGUUAGUACACAUAUAAGUUAGUAUAUAUACAUAUAUAAACAUUUUUUUCUGUGGGGCAUAGGAGGAACAGAUUGCCCACAGGAGAGCUGAGCUCAGGGCAGAAGUAAUAACAAAGGUAAGUGAGCUUGCCAUGACUUCAAGUCACAAUUUACCCAUCACUUCUUAACGUACCCUCUUAUGAACUCUUCAGUCCAGACAUCACAGCAAUGAAGAAGAUGAUGAAGAUGAAGCUUCGAGUAACAUGGAGGAUGAAAUAGAGGCCAUGUUGGAGGCGGAGUUUCCUUCAGAGGCAGAUAAUGAAGACAUGGGGAAUGCAGAGACUGAGGUGGCAGCAUCUGAAAGGCUGGAGAUGGAGAUAGAAGAGCGUUUUGUGAUGGAUGAAACUGGCCUCAUAACUGUGAUGGUACAAAAACACAAAGCAAGCUGAUUACCUGGCUAGACAUGCAUAAAUGGUUUAAUCAUCCCAUUAAAUUCUUUUAUUAUCAUUAAACCUCAGAGACAGUCAGGAGAAUUAAUUGAGCAACAUUAACAACUUGAUGAUUAUGCACGCAUUGGAUUCUACGAAUGUACACAUGUUCUUUUUUGCAUUCCUUCAUCAUCAGGGGCUCCUGAGUGAAAAAAACAUACCCAAAGUGUCAGUUGCUGUAUCUCACAAAACAAGGAUGGUUCAGUACCAGCUGCUCCAGAAAAUUCAACCUUUGGUGACCAAUAGGGAGUCACUCUUCCAAAAAUGCCAACCCAUCUCUCACAACCUGGCACAGAAGCUAUUGCUGUCCUCCUACAAGCUCCACAGUGCUUUUGGUCUUGGGGACCCUGUCGAGGUAGGAAUAAAGAUAUGGUCUUCUUUCAACAUGUUAGGCAGGAUUUUCAGUGUUUUUAGAGGUUUUAAAGUUAGUUCAAAUACAAAUACUCAUGGUUCAUUUGUGGAUGUUACCAUUUACUCUUUCAAAUUCUCUAUGCAAGUUCUUUUUUUUAUAAAACAUUGUUUAACCAACACUUCUUCCUUCUCUGCAGCAAUAUAAAAAACCAGGGUUGAUCCAGCCUUUGCAGUGGCCACUCAAUACGACAUAUCCCCUCAUAUUCCAUCAGUUUAUUUACUUCUUUGCGACUAAGGAAAAUCACAAUCUAUUCAUGUUGAACCCUUUAAAAUACCUCAAGCAGCCAAAACCUAUCCAAUCCCUCCCUCUAAAAAUAGCUAUUCUUGGACCACCCAAAUCAGGGAAAACCACUGGUAAAAACAAAUUUUUAAUUCAACACUUUCUCAAAUGUCCUCUUUUCUUUUAUCCAUUAUUUCCCUUACUUUGCUUUAUCUCAACAGUGGCACAGAUGUUUGCCAAGAAAUAUGGCUUAGCCCGGCUGUCCAUUGGCAGCGUCAUCCGAAUGGUUCUGAACACCCAGGAGCACACUGAUCUGGCCGGCCAGAUGAAAAAGCAUCUGGCUCUGGGACAUGUUGUGCCUGAUGAGCUUGCCAUUCAGUGUCUGGAGGUGGCACUCAUGAGCUCAGUAUGCAGCUCCAGAGGGUUAGAUGAGAGAAACUUAAUCUAAUUUUAACCAUGAAAAUACAGCCUGUAGAUUUAGUGUCUUGAGACAAAGAUAACAUACUUCUUUAUGACUUCUUUUAUGUAUAUUCCUGAUGCAAAGAUGAAAUGUACUUUGUUUUGUCAGGUAUGUGUUAGAUGACUUCCCAAAGACGGUAAAGCAAGCAGAGUUGAUGAGGUCCAAGAGCAUCAUUCCUAUGAUUGCAGUUGAGCUGGAGCUUGACUCAGUAGAAGUGCUUAAAAGAGGCCUUCUGGACAAGAUGAAGCCAAAUAAGUCAGAGAACAUACAAUAAAAAUAACUGUAAAUACAUGUUUUUAUACCCAGGAACCGUAAUUUGAGGAGCUGUCUUCUCCUUCUGCAGGCCUCAUCUGAUGCAUGACAGCUCCAAGAUUCUCCAUAUUCGUCACUCCUGUUACAAGCAGGAGAUGCAACCUGUGAGACAACACUUCCAGCAACAAUACCAGAACUGGAUCCUCCUGGAUGGGGAAAAGAGCCAAUGGUGGAUGUGGGACUGUAUUUUGAAGGAAAUCAGUAUCAGCAUGAGAUGUAUCAACAACUUUUUGGAAAGGAUACAAAGCAGUAAGUUCUGUGGGCUUUUCUAGCAUUUGGCAGCAAAUAAUAACUAAAAUCUGUAACAACUAAAAUGUUUAAUCUCAGAUGCAUUCGAUCUUAAUGCCUUUCAAAUUUCCCCUCAAAACAGUUUGCAAAACUUAUAAAUGCAACUGCAGUGAUCAAACAAAAACCAUAGUUUGAAGUAAAAAUUUGUAGUUAAAGUAGUUGCUCAAUUAGUUACAUACUCCAAAUUAUGUUCCAGACAGUUCUGAGUUCAUUCUCUCCAUACCUUUUAAUUUUGUAGAUCAAGCCGCCUCCAUCAACAGACUUUGCGUGCCACCCAAGGAGCUGCAGAGUCGUCUUGGAGAGUUUGGCCAGUACUGCCCUGUCUGCCUGGCCCUACAUCGACACCUGGUGGACUGCUCAGACAUUGCAGCCUUAACUUAUGCAGCUCAGUACAAAGAACACUAUUACAAGAUGUGUGACAAAGACCAUCUGGAGGUCAGUUUGGUGGAUUCGUACAAUUGAACAUAGAUGAUAAAAAUCAUAAAACACCAUUGAAGGUCAUCUGAAUUAAAUUUACCUUUUUUUGAAAAAUAACAUGUCUUGUAAUUUCUCCAAAGCGAUUCCUGGCCAGUCCACAUCAGUUUGUAGCUCCUGGCUGCCCACACUCUCUCCCCCAGCCCGAACUGCUGCCACAAAUACUAACAGAGGCCCAGGUGAAGAGCAAGUUCCCUCAGCAAGUUGAAAUGAAGGGCUUCUGCCCAGUUACUUAUCUGGAUGGAAAGCAAAGGUACAUCUUCAUCUUUAUAUACAGUAUCUUCAACUCACGGUCUGAUUGACAAAUAUAAAACUCACAUUGAAGAUACAUGUCUAAAGCCAAAACCAAGUCAGCAGCAAAAGAUUACCCUGUCAAAGGUCAACACUGUCUGCCCUCAACCCAAUGAACAUGUAAAAUAUAUUUUUUAUUUAUAUUUUUUUCUGCAGAUAUGAAGCCCUAGUUCGGGGCAAGCUGGAGUAUGCUGUGGAAUACAGAGAACUGAUCUACCUUUUUGAAACAAAGCAGAAACAGAACAAGUUUUUGAGGUGCAGAGCUUUUCUUUUUUUUUUUUUUUUUAAGCAUAUUUUUCAGCAUUUGAAAGUGCUUGUAUUACUUUUACUUUUAAUAAAGCGAGCCAAGCAUUAUUUUGACAUAAUUUGUAUUGGACUUAUGUGUGAAAUUUAAUGUUGUUGUCAAGGACUCCAGAAGCCUAUUGGGACCAGAAGCUGCCCAGUAAAGUUCUCCCUCUUUGUGAACCCAUACCCUUAACCUCCCUUCCCACAUUGGGCUACCUGGAACAGGUCAGUCACUGUAGCACACUUUAAAAAACACCAUAAUCUUAAACAAUACUGUGUGCAGCUAUUUCAGUAUUCUAUGUGCAAAGGUUUAUGAACUCUGUAUGGCUUUUGUGUAUUUUAGGGUGUGGCAGUCGCAGUCAUUAAGGCCAUGACAGCUGUUGGGUGCCUCAAACCAAAGUACCCUUUCCUCAGUAUACAAAGAUCAGCCCUUCAAUAUGUGGCCUUCUACCUUAAAGGUUGGCAAAAUGUCAUUGUUGAAUUUCCCUUUUUCUUCUUGUGUGCCCAGGUCAAACUAAACUAUCAUGUUAAGGUAAUAAAACCUGAUGACUGUCAUGUGUUUGUUUUUGUUUAUUUUACAUUUACUUUUUGUUGGAAAAAUUGUGUCCCUAUUUCUUGCAGCUUUCAACCACAAGAGCACAGAUUACACUCGCCGGAAGUACAAGAAGAAACUGGCUGUAUUUGAAGAGAACUGUGCGCUUAUUCCUUACCUGAGCUCAGCAAUGAGAGGAAACUACAGGCCUGCCAGUGAAUGUCCCAUUGACUUUGAGUUCAAACUCAGUCAGUUUGUGACCUUGGGAGGCUUGCCAGGCGCCAAUGCUGUGCUGUAA